AUGGAAGACUACGAUGAUAACACAAACCGCCCGCAAAAGUGCGAGAAACGAGCCAAAUCCACCAAUCCGAGAUUCGGAUUCAAAUGCCCUAGCCAAGCGGUUGCUCCCCCCCAGGAGACGAAUGAGAGAGAGAAAGAAAAGAAAUGUACUAACGACAGAAGGCCCACCCCACAGCCUUUUUUUUUAUUUUUACUGGGGCUCAUAAAUUGCAAUCCUUCGGGUUGGCUGGGACCGCUACAAAAAGAGCUAAAAGAGGUUAUAAAGCAACGACGGCAAGCAAUUGGGUGAAAGUCAAACCCCUGCGCGCAAAGAGCGCUGCGCAGAUCAAAACCCGCCGAGCACCUAACGCGGACUCCAACGGGCGGUGA